CACCCAAAGGAACUCGGCUUAUCCUGUACAUGUACACCACACAUAAAACAUGCCCACCUCAAGUGCCUCAUGCAAUCUGGCCUCACACUCCACAACCCAUCCUCAGCUCACCACCCUAGCUAACAGCCUAAUUGUCUUGCCUACCUGAGCGACCCCAGCUAACUACACAACAGUAUCAGUGAAUCAUGGUUACUGCAUGGUGGAACGCCACUUGUGCUCCAGCCAUGAAAAUUCGCAACUUGGCCCUGAAAAUCCUGCCAGCCUCAUUGCUGGACUCGUUCAUCAAUCAGAAAAACGUCGAUCCCAUUCCCCCACUUCGAUUCCCCGAAGUUGAUGACCUAGUGCCACAACUUCUCCAAUUAGGUCUCACGCCAGAUUACGCCCAGCUCCUUCAACACGAGUUCGCUAGCACCGUCAAAAGAGUGGACGAAUCCCUGUCCGAUUCCUAUCAAACUGACGCCCUCAAGUUUCUUCCCAACGUCGACCCCAACCCGCGAUGUUCUUUUGUCCAAGCGUUACAAGAUCAGCUUCUUGCAGUUCGUGCCCAAGCCGUCCAAAGAAUCUUGACCAUCCUACAAUCUAGACUCGACUCCUUUGUCCAACAAUCCAAAGCUGCCCAAUCAACAUCCGAACCUUCUCCCUCAUCACCAUCCGCCUCCACUUCCUGUGACUCCCCAUCCUCAUCCGACCCCUCCGCCCACUCAGGGAAAGCCGGCAUCCGCCCCCCAAAAUUCACCCACAAACAAACCGUCGUCCUGAAUGCCCUACUAGCCCGCGACAACCAAUAUUCGACCGAAGAAAAAGACCUCAUUGCCCAUGAACUUGACAUGACUCCCGACCAAGUUAACCGAUGGUUCUGUAAUGCCCGUGCACGCAAGAAACCAUACUCUUGUCCAUCCCGUCGGCCCGGCCCCACAGGCCUCCUCCAAAGCUUGUCGCCCGGCUCCUCGACACGCGACUCUAAUAUGUCCCCCUCACCUGACCCAGAACCCGACGAAGACACAGAGAUGACCAUCAUUGCCACCCCCUCCUCCUCGUCAUCGUCUUCAUCAUCAUCGUCGAGAUCAGACCAGGACCAAGACGAGCCGAUGGACGCGUACUUUGACUUCCCGGCAUACCAGUCGCCGGCUCAAUCAUGGCCGGCCCAAUCACCCCCAUCCACACUUACUUCGGUCCCGGCCAUCCCAUUCGACUUCGACUCGCUCAACCAUUCUUCUGCUUCUUGUGCUUCGUCUGGAGACCCGGGACUCUGGAAUACCUCUCUCCCCCAGCCGGUCCCGUUCAACUUCCAGCCUUUCGCGUGUUAAUCUUCUACCCCGCCUCUC